AUGGGGGUAGUGGGGCUGGGUGGUGUAGGGUGGGAUUGGGAUUGGUGGUGGGUUGUAGUGGAGGGUGAGUGGGAGAAAGUGUCUCCAAAUAAACACAUUCUCAAGUUUAACCCAAAAAAAAAAAAAAAAAAAAAAAUAGAAAAAUUGAGCUUCCUCAAAUUCUUCCCCCUUUUUGUCUUCCUUUACUUUGACCAAUAUUUUUCAUCUUUUACUCAUGCUGCCACUUUUAACAUUAUCAAUCGGUGCACCUACACGUCACCGGCAUUUCCCAGGGAGGCGGCAGUGCUCAACUCAAGUCAAUCUUGGACCCUAAAUGUGAAUCCAAGAAUAGUCCAGGCUUGCAUUUGGGGCCGAACUAAAUGUAAAUUUGAUGGCAAUGGUCGAGGCAAAUGCGAGACUGGAGACUGUAAGGGGCUUUUGCAAUGUCAAGGCUAUGGUAUUCCACCCAACACUUUAGCUGAAUUUGCGCUUAAUCAGCCUAAUAACUUGGACCAUGUCGAUAUUUUUCUUGUCGAUGGAUUCAACAUUCCUAUGGAAUUUAGCCCAACUAAUGGUGCGUGCCGUAAUCUUAGAUGCCCAGCACCUAUUAACGAGCAAUGCCCAAGCCAAUUACGAACACAAGGUGGGUGUAACAACCCGUGCACUGUUUUUAAAACGAACCAAUAUUGUUGUACAAAUGGACCUGGAUCAUGUGGACCAACUGAUUUCUCGAGAUUUUUUAAGACAAGGUGUCCAAAAGCUUAUAGCUAUCCACAGGAUGAUCCAACAAGUUUGUUUACAUGUCCUGCUGGUACAAAUUACAGGGCUGUUUUCUGCCCUUAAUUAGAAAUAUAUAUAACUACACAAGUAGUACUAAGAAGUAUUGAAUAAAAAGAAAGUGACAAAGAGGAGAGAGCUAGUGGGUUGUCUUGUUCAUUGUUGUCGCAUUCGUUUGCAGUUAAUUUUAAGAAAUAAAGAAGAUUUGGUAAAUUAUUAUUAA